UUUUUUAAUACCAGAAUUCUUUAACCAUGUUAAGGAAAGUUGGCUUAGAUUAGCAGAAAAUAAUACAUUAUCUAAAAUCCAAUGUGUUUUUCAAAUGCUCUCCAAAGAAGUGGCAAGGUUUUGGUGUUGUCUUCAGUUGUGGCUUAACACAUAUAUUUAUACUUUAACAUCAGAGUGAUUUUCAAACAGGAAGUUUUCAGCUCUGUAAUUAGUAAUCCACAAUGGUGGCUUUGACACUUAAUUACAACAUUGCUUAGACAACAAUAACAUGAGAAAUAUGAACACUGAAUGCAGUGUUUCUUGACACACCUCUGGCUUCUUCUUAUUGGCUGGGAAACAAUUCCGUAUGACUACUAAAUAAUCCAUACAGAAAUGUGUGUAUGUAGACAGGCAGCAUGCAUUUAUAACAGGUACUUCCAGUUAAGUUCAGUCACUGCUCUGGAUUUGGACUAAACUGUUAUGCCCAGUAACAGCGAUAGAACAUCACCAGAGACUGCUGUAGACUCAUAGGGUCCUCUCUGCUCUGAACGGUGAGCAGCUCCCAUUGCAGAUUGGAUCAGUCUUCAGAGCAAAGGUGAUGGCAUUUUAUCCACUGCAAAUCGCUGGACUGGUUCUUGGGUUCUUCGGCAUGAUCGGGACCCUUGCCACAACUCUUCUGCCUCAGUGGAGAGUAUCGGCUUUUAUUGGCAGCAACAUUAUUGUCUUCGAAAGGGUCUGGGAAGGCCUCUGGAUGAACUGCGUCCGACAAGCCAAGGAUAAGUUGCAGUGUAAGGUCUAUGAUUCUUUGCUGGCCCUCCCUCCUGCCCUAGAGGCGGCCCGGGCCCUCAUGUGUGUGGCUGUAGCCUUAUCUGUGAUUGCUCUGCUUGUUGGUAUCUGUAGCAUGAAGAAGAUUCAGUGCACAGGCUCUAACCGGAGGGCAAAAGCAUACCUCGUGGGAAUUUCCGGAGUCCUCUUUAUCCUGACUGGCAUCUUCGUUCUGAUUCCGGUGUGCUGGAUGGCCAAUAACAUCAUCAGGGAUUUCUACAACCCAGCGGUCCACGUAGGUCAGAAACGAGAACUGGGAGCUUCACUCUUCGUCGGCUGGGCCACUACCGCGGUCCUCAUCAUCGGAGGGGUUCUGCUCUGUGGGUUCUGCUGUUGCAACCGAAACAGGCCAAGGCACAGAUAUUUAGCCGCUGGGCAUCGUGUGCCACACGCACGUAAUCCACCACGGCCAGUGACGGUGCUCAGUAGGACUUCCACCACUUACGUCUAACACCUGCUUUCAGCUCGAACUGUGGAUUAUGAUCCAUGUGUUUUAUAGACGCUUGCCAGAAACUGUAAGUAUGCCAGGCAGGAGAACUUGCUUUAUGACUGCUCUUAAAUUGAGAUGAGAAGUUUAAAGGGCAUGUAGAUUGUAGUCACCUGUGGCAGGAAGAGAAAUGACUUACUUUGGACCCUCUAACCUCAUGUGUAUUAAAUGCAUUUACUAUUCUAGACUCAAUCUUCAGUCCAAUUUGUGUAAUCUACUGAUAAAUUCCUCUUUUUUCACUAUCAUAUAUUAUCUAUUAAAAGGUCCAAAUUCUAUUGCUAUUGAUAUGCCAUAGCAAUAAAACAUAUUCUAAAGCAUAACCUAUUAUCUUUUCUUCAAAAUAUUUAUUUUACUAACAUGAUGACAACCAAAAUGAUGGCUUAUUUCUUUUUUAAACAAUUAGCUGAAAAACAAUAGACAUCAAAUAAUUCUUUUAAUUGAAUUUAUCAAAAUAUGGAAAUACUAGUUCAAUGAAAAGAUUUGUUAAUCCUUUAGGAAACUCAAAUGCAUUAGCAAUUAAACAGUUUUAAGGAAAGGGAGCUUUGAUUUCUGCUCAGAUAUUUAAGAAGCUGAUUUUAAAGCCUCUAAUGUAUAUAGUUAAACUUGCUUAGAAUUAUAUAUACAAA